AUGGCAGCUUCCUGCUGCACCCUCAAUCGGACCUGGCACUGUGGAUUCUGGGCCUCCUGCUCCGAGCUGCUGCUCCAGACACCUGCCAGCAGCCAGGGGUCGCUGGUGGUGCCAAAUGACCAGUGUUCUGACCAUCAAGAAGCUCACUGCUUAAUUCCUGGCAUAUUCCAAGAUGUUUCCCAUUACAAGAAGCAUGUGGCUGCAUCUGGUAUACCAGGUUCCCAUCACGGGAAGCACCAGGCUGCAUCUGGUAUACGGGUUCCCAUUACAGGAAGCACGUGUCUGUGUCUGGCUGCAGAUGGUAUACGGGGUUCUCAUCACGGAAAGCACGUGGCUGCAUCUGGUAUGCCAGGUUCUCAUCACAGGAAGAAUGUGCCUGUGUCUGGUAUACCGGGUUCCCACCACAGGAAGCACGUGGCUGCAUCUGAUAUACGGGGUUCCUACUGCAUGAAGCACGUGCCCGCGUCUAGUAUACUGGGUUCCCAUCACAGGAAGCACGUGGCCGUGUCUGGCUGCUUCUGGUAUCUGGGGUUCCCAUCAUGGGAAGCACAUGCCUGCAUCUGGUAUACUGGUUUCAUUUAUCUUCGUGCCCUUAUUCUGUACCUAAACCCAUCAUCUAUUUCUUAUGAAUUUUUAUUUUCAUCAAUAUGUACACUUCUAUCAACUUCCUAA